ACCUACUCAAGACGAAAUGCGGCCUCUCUGUGCUAUUAGUAUCGCCCUCGCCUGGCAAAAUGCUCUCGCUAUUGGUCCUUUCUCGUUCGCAUCAGCAGCCCUGAACUACACUGGCCCUGGAUGGAGAGCCUUCGGCGGAUCUACUAUGGAGAUGGCGGGGGAAGGAGUGAGUUGGGCUAAGGAAAAGGCGGGAGAGGGAGUGAGCUGGGCGGGCAAGAACCCCGUUUCUACUGCUUUCACGGCCAUCUCGGCUGGAGGUUUGGCGGCUAGUAUUGCUCCAGCAAUUGCCACGUCGCCCAUGUACGCCCUCGCAGGCAUCGCAUCGAAGGGACCUGUUGCAGGUUAGUAUAGCUUCCUUAUGAUCUUCCCCCGCGUACCGAUAUGACGAUAUGCCAACGACAGUUCCUGAACAGGUGGAAUGUGGGCAACUAUUCAAAGCGCUGCCAUGGGGGGACCUGGCGCCGCGGCUGUCAGGACGGC